AUGAUUUAUGAAGGGAUUACAUCCAUCGUACAUAGCGGUAUUAGUUAUUGUUAUUUAAGAGUUCUACAUAAAAAGUGGAAAUGGAACAUCUAUUUAAAGGAACAUUUUUGAAAAUGUUGAUUAUGAUGAUUAUGAGAAAUAAUUAAUUGAGGAGAUUAAAACAAAAAUGAAGGAGAAGGGCUUGCAGGUAAAAUUGAAAAGAAGCAUUCUAUUGAAAAUGUUAAUGGCUGCCCAGUAUAAUAUUGAAAAAGCGAUUAUUGUAUGUCAUUUUUUAUACUAAAAGCACUUUAGAACUGCUAGUCUCAUUUAAAUUUCCUAUAAGAAUACUAAAAGCAAGAUUGUGUUAAUGAAUUAAAGAAAGGGCAUCUGUACGUUUGUGGAUUUGACAAUUAAUUUCGCCCUGUCAUUGUAAUUAGACAAUAUUGCGAUAUAAAAAUAAUGGCUUACUUUUUGGAAACUGUUAAAAGAUAGUUGUUAAUUGAUUAUUAUGUUGAAAAUUGGACAGUCAUCUUGGAUUUAGAUACCGAUUUACCAGUCAUAGAACUAGAUGACUUGUUGUAUUUGUAGUUGCACUUUUAUGGAAACUUAAAUAAGAUUUUAAUAGUUAAUGGACCAGACGAUAUCGAUGACAUUGUCAAACAAUUCACUGGUAUUUAUAAUAUAGAUUAAACUAUAGAAAAAAUAAAAGAUUUAUAAGUUAAAAUAAAAAUUAUAACAGAAUAUUAGUAAAUAUUGCAGUAUAUCCCAAAAGAAUAAUUGGAAAUAAAAUAUGGGGGUGAUUUCAAUAAUAUAGAAUUAUUUUGGUAAAAUGUUAAAUUUAUUUUAGGCCAAUUUUGAAAAGAGAAACCCAUACUGGAACAAAUAGAUUAUUAAAAAAGAACUCUCAUUUAUCAAUUAAUUCAAUGGGAAGUUCAAUCAACAAGAAGCCAAGCUUUAUGAAAAUUACUGUAUUAGAAGAAAAUGGAAAUCCAUUAUUGAACCAGUAAGUGGAAGUCUUUGAAGACUAAAUAGAAUCUUAAUAAGAAGAGUAAUAAUAAUAACAAAACAAUUUUUAAUAAUAACAACAAUAAUAACAAUAGCAACAGGAAGAUUUUGAAGAGAAAUCUAAAUCUUAUCAAAGUUCAACAACAAAAAAAUAAGAUUAAUAAUUUAUACAAAUUGAUGAUGAUGAAGAUGAUUUGAUUGAAAUGGAAAGUGAAAAUAUGGAAAAGCGAAAAGGCAAAAAAUAAAUUACUAAAAAAUAUGGUGAAGCAACUAAAACUACUACUUAUUCUUAAAAAUAAACAAUUUUAGAAGGAGAAAAAGAAAUACCAUCCUCUUUUUCUUGUUGUUCUAGAUCUUGUUCAGUAUUUUGAAUUUAAAAAUGAAAUGAG